UUUCCUUGCCACCACUUCUCAUUGAAAGUCAAGAACUUGUUACGAACAAAAAAUACAUUCUCUUUGCUACGAUUUGUGAUUCAGUUCUGAAGAUGCCACUUGCACCCGGUCAGAGCGUACUACUGCUCUGGGGAUCAUCUUCACCACCAGAGAAUGUCCAGGAUAUUGUUGCCAACCUUCAAAAAGAAGUGACUGACACUGGCGCCAUUCAGCUUGAACACAAAGACAGAUUACUAUUGUCUUCUCACAGUGGUUCGAGUUUUGAUGUAAUCCAGUCCGGUGUUCUCCCACCAGCUUGCGUGGUUCACACAGAUGAAGUUCUUGCCGAACUGAUACGCAUCCUUAAACCAGAUGGGGAGCUACUGGUACGAGAGGCCGUUGGAAUUGGCGAAAAGAUCCAAACAGCAGAUAAAUUAAUGCGUGUGUUGAAAUUGUCUGGAUUUGUCGAUAUUUCAUCCCCAUCUACUGUACAGCUCAGUGAGAGUGAAGUCCCUGGUCUGAAGAGUGCUUUGGGAGUAGACACUGAUGUCAAACUUGUAGAAGUCACAUCACGGAAGCCUGACUAUGAACUUGGAGCGUCAACGCAGCUGAAAAUUUCAUUUGCCAAGAAAGCUGCAGCGCCACCAAAAGUAGAAGCAAAUGCUGCUGCAGUGUGGACCCUGUCUGCCAAUGAUAUGGGAGAUGAUGACAUAGACCUUGUUGAUGAGGAGGAACUACUGGAUGAAGAUGACCUGAAAAAGCCAGAUCCUGCUUCACUUAGAGCUGAAUGUGGACCUAACUCCGAGAAGAAAAAGGCCUGUAAGAAUUGCACUUGUGGUUUUGCUGAUGAGCUGGAAGCUGGGAAAACACCAAAACAAAAGACUCAGGCUGCAGCCUCUGCUUGUGGUAGUUGUUAUCUUGGUGAUGCAUUCCGCUGCGCUAGUUGUCCAUACCUGGGGAUGCCAGCAUUCAAACCAGGAGAAAAGGUUUCACUAUCCAAUAGACAGUUAAAGGCGGACGCUUGAUCGACAGGAUUAAUUUGAUACCAACAGCAUCUUUGUGAGUCGCAUGUCGCUCCGAGCUUGACAGGUUGAGACGGACUGGUUGUUCAUUUCACUAUUGACUGCCUUAUGUGAAAUCUUAGUAACGUUGCACGGAAUUGUAUCCCAACUUCUGCAUUGUAUCGCCAUUUACGUAAUAGUCUUGAUUCCAAUUAAAAAGUUGCGAUAUAACGCUGACUCUCACGACCUGGCGAUACAAUAUCGCGCAAUGUUACACGAAUUUCUUCUAUCAUGUCCUGGUGUCAUUUUAGGCUCAUCUUCUGAACGACAUGCGACUCAUUUUGCCGUGGUGCGCCACAUUUUUCAUGGACUCGUAUAAAGGAAUGUAAUAUGAGAGUGUAUCUAACACCAUUCUCUGGUGUAGUACUUGUACAUAGGGAGCAUCAUACUCCCUGAGGGGGAGGGGGUCUAUGAAAAACCGUACACUGUGCGUACAGGGGGGGAGGGGGUAUAUAGUCUUGCGUACGUAUGUGACCCAAGAACCGUUUUCUGAACAAAAUCAAGGGAAUCAUUUUAGUAUUGCACAUGAGGCCAGAACUUACACGCAAUAAACUUGACUGGGCUCUGAUGACACCCCACUACGAGGUUUAUAAUUGCUGUUUCUCGCGCUGUUUUCCCACGUGUGUGCCAUGUCAGUGUUAAUGCGCAGUCCGCCCACCUGUGGCGCCGCAGGAAGGAAAAUAGGCAAUUCAUCGCGUAAUAAAGUGGUCUCUAGGCGUACGCUCGAACAUGGGGAGGGAGGUUUGAGGCAAUGUGUACAAGGUGCACACAGGUCAGAGGGGGUCUAAAAAUCUGCGUUUUCGUGCGUACGUACUUAAUGGAUGCUUCCAUACGGUACUGUGUUGAAGCAGUUACGGUAAGCCAUCGGAAGGACGCCAGUACAAAAGGUCCUACUUUGCAAGAAUUAGGCCAAUAUGCGACAGGUGCGCCAGAAUCAUGGAUGGACUGGAAGCAUUUACUGGUUCUAAUAUUGUGCAAACUAUGAUUAUUGCUUGUAAAUGUAGUGCUUUGUCAUGGAUGUAUU